GGGGUUCCAUUAGUCCCGGAGCGUGCGGCUUGGGCAUCCGGAUCCGGAUCUGUGCUCGCGGCCUGGGGCCGUGCGCGGGGGUGGCGGGGUUCGCGGUACCAUGGUUCUGAGCCCGGUGAUCGGGAAGCUGCUGCACAAGCGCGUGGUGUUGGCCAGCGCCUCCCCGCGCCGCCGGGAGAUCCUCAGCCAAGCGGGUCUCAGGUUCGAGGUGGUUCCGUCCAGGUUCAAAGAGAAGCUCGAUAAAGCCGCCUUCCCCACCCCUUAUGCUUACGCCAUCGAAACAGCGAAGCAGAAGGCCUUGGAGGUGGCCUCCAGGAUGCACCAGAAAGACCUCCGGGCCCCCGACGUCGUCAUCGGAGCGGACACCAUCGUGACGAUCGGGGGGCUGAUUCUGGAGAAGCCAGCGGACAAGCAAGACGCGUACAGGAUGCUCUCCAGGUUGAACGGGAAGGAGCACAGCGUGUUCACGGGCGUCGCCAUCAUCCACUGCUGCAGCGAAGAUGGCCAGCUGGACAUGGACGUGUGCGAGUUCCACGAGGAGACCAUGGUGAAGUUCUCGGAGCUGUCCGAGGACCUUCUGUGGGAGUACAUCGACAGCGGGGAGCCCAUGGACAAGGCCGGCGGCUACGGGAUCCAGGCCCUGGGCGGCAUGCUGGUGGAGUGCGUCCGUGGGGACUUCCUCAAUGUCGUGGGCUUCCCGCUGAACCACUUCUGCAAGAAGCUGGUGGAGCUGUAUUGCCCGCCCCGCCGCGAGGACGUGCAGCGGGUCAAGCACGAGUCUAUCCCUGCUGUGGACACCUUCGAGAUCGCGAGCGACGCUGCUCAGGGUGACGAGGGCUGCGGCCCCAGCAGGGCAGGGGUUGACGGUCACAGUGGACAGGCUCCUGCUGGCCCCCAGGGCCCAGACACGAAUGGGCUGGUGGAGAACCCGCCCCCCUUCCCGUCGGACCUUCUAGACCUCAUAGACGGCUUUAAAGCAUCCAAGGCUCUGUUCACGGCUUGCAAACUGAAGGUGUUUGAUGUACUGAAAGAGGAAGGCCCCCUGAAGGCGGUGGAUGUUGCACGCAAAAUUAACGCCUCUGUGUGUGGAACUGGACGGCUCCUGGAUGUCUGCGUGGCCCUGGGAUUACUGGAGAAGACAGACACAGGUUACGGUAACACGCGGCUGGCAAGCCGGCACCUGGCGUCGGAGGGCGCGUGUUCUCUCCACGGCUUCGUCGCGUACCAUGAUGAGCACGCGUGGACCGUGUUCACAGACCUGGAGUCUGCGGUACGACAGGGACCCCAAGCGGCUGCGGGGAGGCCGGAGGAGGACCCGUCUCAGAGCAGGGACCGGAGGCUGCGUUUCAUGCGAGCCAUGCACGGCCUCACCCAGCUGACAGCUCGCCAGGUGGCCACGGCCUUCGACCUGUCCCGAUUCACCUCUGCCUGUGACCUGGGAGGCUGCACAGGUGCGCUGGCCCGAGAGCUGGCCCGGGAGUACCCGCGUCUGAAGGUGACCGUGUUUGACCUCCCGGAGGUCAUCGAGCACGUGUCGAGUUUUCACCCCGAGGGAUGGCAGCCAGAGCGCCUCCACUUUGUGCCAGGUGACUUUUUCAAGGACGACCUCCCGGACGCACAGCUGUACGUCCUUUCCAGAAUUCUCCACGACUGGGCGGACGACAGAGUGCACGAGUUACUGAGCCGGGUGUCCCGCAGCUGCAAGCCAGGCACCUUCACAGGACCACGCAGAAUGAUGCUCAACGAUGAUCUGGGCCCUGUGGCCCCGCCCCAACGAGUGGUAACAUGAGCCAUGGCCCCACUGCCCCCGUACCCAGCCCCUCCCCUGGAGGGCGCUGAUGCCCUGCAGACCCGGAAGCCCGUCUCUGCUUAUCUGUGGCUCCUGGCUCAGCACCAGGCCCCGUGAGCAGGAAGUUGGGAAACCACCCAUCCCGUAUGGGGCACAAGCCGGUGUUUCAGGAUGCUGGGGACCCAGGGACGAGCAUGUGUGGAAAUGCAGUCACACACCAGGAACUGGCACCGGAAGCACCCAGGGUCCCUCAAGAGCAGCAUGGCUGUGUGAUAAGUUCGCCGGAAACCUAUUUGCACAGACGCCCACAUUCCUGGGUCACACGUGUGGACGCAGAAAAGUCCCACAGACGUUUGUGGACUCGAUGUGCCUGACGCCCACCCCUGCCAUUCCGAGGAGGCUCCUGGAGACGAUCUGGGGGGAAGGAGAGACAGACGGCCCGGAAUCGGUCACCAGAGCUGCUCGGGCGCGGGACAAGGUGGGGGCCCCAGGUGGCGGCCCAGGCGGGGACGGGGGAGGGGUGGGGACAGGCCCCGGGGGGCCGGACACUGAGAGACGGGGGCCCAGAUGAGUUAUGUCACGCGUCCCAGGGUUUGGAAACAGUAUCGCAACGUGUUGGCAAAUCUACCCAAGCGUUUGGGAACGUAUUAGGAGAGCUGCAGAGAAAAUGAACCAACUUCUUAUGAAAUGAGGAAAUGUCUGUGCCAAAGAAGACAACAGAGCUAAGGCAUCCUGGUCGGUCCCUGUAGCAGCAGGAUCGGAGUCCCUUCCCACCCCGAAUUCACAUCCACCGGGAACACGCGAACAGGAAGUCAUUCGGAAAUAGGGCGUCUGCAGAUGGGAGUAAGUGAAGGAUCUCAGAUGAGCCCUUCCUGGAGGAGGGUGGCCCUGAAUCCAAUCACAGGUGGCCUUGUAAGAGACGGAAGGGGAGACACAGACACAGAGGAGAAGCCACGUGAAGGCGGGGGCAGAGACAGGAGGGACGCGGCCAAGAGCCCAGGGGCGCCUGGAGCCCCACAAGCUGGAAGAGGCUGGAAGGACCCUCCCUUGGAGCCUCAGGAGGGAGCACAGCCCUGCCUGGAUCUCCGUGGUCCUGCCCCCCCGGGGUCUCAGUGGCCCUGCCCUGCCUGGAUCUAAGUGGUCCUGUCCCUCCUGGGUCUCAGAGUUGUGACUUGCAUGGCUGAGAGUAAAUGGUCUGUGGUCAUUUGUUACCGCAGCCUCAGGACAGGCUCACUGGCAUGGAGAGGCAGAUUUUUACAGGUCACACGGACAGUCAGGCUGCUGAGCAGGAGGAUGUGUCCCUGGAGGGCACGUCUGUGCCUGUUUAGUCCCCGCUGCAUUCCCAAGGCCUGGAACAGAGCCCACCCGGAAUAAGCGCUCACAAAGCAGCAACACUGUAUCAUCCGCUGGAGAGGAGGUGGGGUUGGGGAACUAGCCCUGAAUCGUCACCUCCCUCAGGAGACAGCCUGGAGGCAGUUGAGCUGCCCGUGUUUAUUCUGUGCAGGGUUGGCGGGGGGGAGGGUGCAGGGGUUCACCGACCCUCUCCCCUGCUGGCUGGAGCCGCUCUGUGAAUAUUCAGGUCUUUGAAACAUAGGGGCUGCAGGAAAGAGCUCACAGUGCCUGGUUUUGUGUGUGUGUUUUUAAUGUGUAUCUAAUUUUGAGAGGCACAGAAACACAAUGUGAGUGGGUUAGGGGCAGAGAGAGAGGGAGACACAAUCCGAAGCAGGCUCCAGGCUCCGAGCCGUCAGCACAGAGCCCGACGCGGGGCUCGAACUCACAGACGGUAAGAUCAUGACCUGAGCCCAAGUCAGACGCUACACGGAGCCACCCAGGCGCCCCUCCAAGCGCCCAGUGUGAACAUUCAGUCUUUCGGAGCCGGGCCAUUGAACCGCAUGCAUAUGUUACUUUGAAAAACCCAGAAUGUUACAAUAGGGAGGGAGCAAAGGCCCGGAUCCCACGUCCGUCAAGUGCGUACAACCAACAGCAGGAGACGCAGCGGAAGCCAGCCACUUGUGUCACUGCUGUGUCCCUGUCUCCUCUGUCCCUUUUCUGCGGAUCCCCCUUUGACAAAAUCGGCAGGGGCCUCUGGUGGCUCAGGCAGCUUAGCGUCCGACUCCUGGUUUCGGCUCAGGUUCAUGAGAUCGAGCCCCGGGUGGGGUCUGCUGACUCUGGGGGGCCUGCUUGGGAUUCCUCGUCUCCCUCCGCCUCU